UUUGUGUUGCCGUCCUGACGGGUCAGAGCGUCGCAUGCAUGCGCUAGGACCGAUAGAAUUCGUCCGCAGUGGCUGCACGCUGCAGACUGCAGGCCUGAUCAAGGAAUGAAAAGCAAAUAGCAAACGGCUGAAUGCGCAUGCGCCGCGGACGCCUCAAAAAGAAGACGAGCGACGGCGACGGCGGCGCGGCCCCGGAGAAGCCGCCGACGCGCAGCUGGCGCCGGGUAUGUCUCGCCGUCGCGUGCGCCUGCGCGGCAGAAGUGCUGAGCUGCCGGCGGCGCGUCCCGGCGCCGGCGGGGUUCGACGCGGCGCGGGCGGCGACGCACGCGAGGGUCCUCGCGUCGCUCGGGCCGCGCACCGUCGGCGAGCGCGCGCUGGACGCGGGGCUCGCGUACGCGCUGCGGGAGGCGCGGCGCGUGCCGGACGCGGAAGUGGAGGAGUGGCGGAGCGGCCGCGGCGCGGUCGACCACGCGCAGUUCCUGGGCGGCUUCGUGGGCGUCUACGACGACGUCGCGUGCGUCGUCGCGCGCCUGAAGGGCCGGGCGGAGGGGAAGGGCGCCGUCCUGCUCAACGCGCACAUCGACUCGGCGGCGAACGCGCCCGGCGCCUCGGACGACCUCCUGGCCGUCGGCGUCUUGCUCGAAGCCCUGAACUAUUUCUCGAAGAAUAGGCCGCGGCGAGAUCUCAUCGUCCUCAUCAACGGCGCGGAGGAGACGCACCAGCUCGCGGCGCACGCCUUCGCGACGCAGCACCCCGCCGCGGAGGACGUGCGGUUCGUCGUGAACUUGGAAUCGAUGGGCUCCGGCGGACGGGAGUUCAUUUUUCGCUGUGAGCGAGAGGAUGUGAGCCUAGCCCUCCGCGGGACGACCGUCGCGCGCGGCUCCGUGCUAGCGGAGGAACUGUUCCGGGCGGUGCUCUGGCGCGCGGCGCGCACGGACUACGCCGAGUUCCUGCGGGCGCUGCCGCGCGCGGGCGUCGGGGGCGUCGACGUCGCCUUUCUGGAGGACGGCUACGCGUACCACACGUCCCAGGACCGCCGCGUUUCCCUGAAAUCGACGGCGAGCGAGGCCGCGACGCUCGUCGAUGUCGUGGAGCGGCUCGAAGGGGUCGAAGAUGACGCGGAAGUCACGCACGGCUUCGUGUUCUUCGACCUCCUCGGCGUGGUCGUCGUGGGCUACUCCGCGACCGUCGCGCGGUGCCUCCACGGCGCUGCGGCGCUCGCCGGCGCGGUGGAGGCCCGGCGCCGCGCCGGCUCGCCGGCGGAGGCCCUCCAGGCGUUCGGUCGGGCGGCGCGCGCCGUCUUCGCGGCGGGGCUCGCGGCGGCGGCGUUCGGCGCGGUCCUCUCCCUCCUCGCGCCGAUGCGAUGGUACGCGGGUGGCGUGCCCGCGGCGCUGGUGCUCUUUCUGCCGCCGGCGGCGUUUGUCGGCGCCGACGAGGACGCUCUCGCCCUCUGGAGCCUGGUGUGUGGACUCGGGGCGCUGUUUAACAUAGGCGCGGCCUACGCGGCCUGCGCGGCAGUGUUGGGGUUAUUGUGUCGGUCUCUGCGGCCGGUGGCGCUCGUCGUCUGGAUCCAAAUCGCGCACACGCUCCUCGGCGUCGCGGUGCCGCUCCUCGGCAGGGUCGGGAGCCGCGUUCCGUUGGACGCGGCCGUCGGCGCGCUCGUUGGAAUCCUUGCGGGCCUGAUCCGCACGCUGACGCCGCCGUGGCCGCGGCCGCCGAACAAACGAGUGAGCGUUAGCGUCUUGGCCGGCCUGCUGGUCGCCGCCUGCGCGGCGCCGGCGUUCACGGCGGCGCGGCCCAAGCGCCUCGCGCUGCAGCACGUCUCCCGCGACCUGGAGAUCUCUCGCGACAGCGGCCUCUGGGUGAUUCCCCUGGACGGGUCGCGGCUGCGAGGACUCGGGCGGGCGCUGGGUCGCGCGACGCCGGUCGCGUGCGACAAGACGAGGCCGCCGUGCUACCUCGAGUACCCCUGGUUUUUUCCGUUCGCCGAUAUUGUGCGGGGCGACGUGUGGCUCGAUGCGCCUUCGCCAGACUUGGCCGGCGACAAGCCGGCGUCGCUGGCGCUGGCGCGAAUUGGCGACGCCGUGGACGUGAGCGUCGAGGGCCCCUCGCACAUGCACGUCGUGCUACGGGGCGACGUCCGCAGCUGGUCGUUCGCGGGCGUGAGACGCGCGCCGGAGCCGCGGCGCCGCGCGGAAGGGGUCUACCUCGCGCAGCUCACGUGCGGCCGGGCGCGGUGCUCGUUCCGCAUCUCGGUCCGCGUCGACGGGCCGCUUGAGGUCUCCCUGGCCGCCCACCGCCCAGUGUUGACGACAGAGGCGCUCGAGAACCUGCGGCGCGACCUGCCUCCCUGGGCCGUCGGGGCGGAAUGGGGGAAAUUUGUAUCGGAGCUCGUCUUGAGGAGUGUGUAACAAUUUUGUCGUCGU